ACAUAAUUAUGUAUACAGUUAAAGGCGUUGUGUAGCUAACGUUUUAAACAGCUGCUUUUUGUAUGACACUGUCUAGCUCAGCUAGCGCCAAUAAUAAUUGUCUCUUUACUGACUAAAGUGGAUUCAGGAGCACGUCCCACACUCAAUAUGUCCGCCAGGGUGGUCCACAUUUGCUCAGUAAGAAUGCGGUAGGCGGGGCUGCUACGCUCGUGUCAAACUUUGGGAAUGACAGGAGUGCUGCAGGAUUCGCAAAGAAGGUGAAGUGUCGCCCUUGUUGGUCCAGUUUGGAUUACUUUGACUUGUUUUUACGCGCAGUCUUUGCAUUCACCAUCUUUCUACAGAUAGCACGGCCUCAGCAGACUCCUCAGCCAUGUCGGAGGACCUGAGCUCCCAAACCUGGUCCAUCAACAAAGAUGAUUAUGAGCUACAAGAGGUGAUUGGGAGUGGUGCCACAGCAGUGGUUCAAGCAGCCUACUGUUUACCACGCAAGGAGAAGGUUGCUAUCAAACGUAUCAACCUCGAGAAGUGCCAGACCAGUAUGGACGAACUCCUGAAAGAGAUUCAGGCCAUGAGCCAGUGUCACCACCCCAAUAUUGUGUCUUACUACACCUCGUUUGUUGUAAAGGAUGAGCUGUGGCUGGUGAUGAAGCUGCUCAGUGGUGGCUCCGUGCUGGACGUGAUCAAGCAUAUCAUCUCGCGAGGCGAGCACAAGACAGGCGUCCUGGACGAGGCCAGCAUAGCUACGGUGUUGAAAGAUGUGCUUGAAGGCCUGGAGUACUUACACAAGAAUGGACAGAUCCACAGAGAUCUAAAGGCUGGAAACAUUCUCCUUGGGGAUGACGGUUCAGUGCAAAUAGCAGACUUUGGUGUCAGUGCCUUUCUAGCCACAGGUGGUGACAUCACUCGAAAUAAAGUGCGCAAGACAUUUGUUGGAACGCCGUGCUGGAUGGCCCCAGAAGUCAUGGAGCAGGUGAGGGGAUAUGAUUUCAAAGCAGAUAUUUGGAGUUUUGGGAUCACAGCCAUUGAGCUUGCCACAGGGGCCGCACCUUAUCACAAAUACCCGCCAAUGAAGGUCUUGAUGCUGACGCUGCAGAAUGAUCCGCCGUCCCUGGAGACCGGCAUCACAGACAAGGAGAUGGUAAAGAAAUACGGAAAAUCCUUCAGGAAGAUGAUCUCCCUGUGUCUACAGAAGGAGCCAGAGAAAAGGCCGACAUCCUCCGAGUUGUUGAAGCAUAAAUUCUUUCAGAAAGCAAAGACCCAUGAGUAUUUACAUGAAAGGUUGCUCCAGAGGGCGCCCACAAUAACAGAGAGGUCGAAAAGGGUUCGUCGAGUGCCAGGUUCAAGUGGUCGGCUGCAUAAAACGGAGGAUGGCGAAUGGGAAUGGAGUGACGAUGAGCUGGAUGAAGAAAGUGAAGAGGGCAAAGCAGCCGUUGCUGCCUUAAGGUCCCCAAGAGUAAAGGAGGGAUCGCAGAAUUCGGAGGUUUUCCAAACCCCUGAGCCUUUAAGUAGUCCACUCCAGCCAACGGCCGCAGGUCAGGCAGAGCUACCUCAGGCUGCAGGCCAGGUUCCACUGCAGCCCACACCAGUCAACACUCCACCCACUGCGCAGGCUACAUCUCCCACACCAGGCGUACCCGCUGCUGCUCCCCCCACACAGACACUAGCUGCCUCAGGGGAUGUCAAGGCUCCCAUUAGUUUGGUAUUAAGGUUAAGAAAUUCAAAAAAGGAGCUAAAUGACAUCCGCUUUGAAUUUAUGCCAGGGAGAGACACAGCAGAUGGUGUGUCCCAGGAGCUGGUGUCUGCAGGCCUGGUGGACGGGAGGGACUUAGUAAUAGUUGCUGCAAAUUUGCAGAAAAUAGUUGAUGAACCUCAAGGCAAUAGAAAUGUCACUUUCAAACUGGCCUCUGGAACUGAGGGGUCUGAAAUACCAGAUGACAUCAAAUUGAUGGGCUUUGCUCAGCUUAGCAUUAGUUAAACUGUUGUACUACCUGGGGCCUUGACUUGCCUAAAAAAUGUGAAAAUAAUAAUAAAAAAAAAUAGUUCAAUGCAUUAUUUCUUUCUAUGGCUGUAAAGAAACCACUACUGCCAAAGAAGACAGUAUCCUUUUGUCCACCACAGGAUUAUACAACUCCGCCUCGUUGAACAUUGUGGUUGGCUGAAGUGUCGGAGCGUACAGUUACAGUAUAAGAAUUACUCAAAAAAGUUUACAGCGUAAAUGUAGAAGGAUGCAAGCAUCUGCAACAACCAGUUUUAACUUACAUGGUCUCCCUCAUUCUGUUAGUUUGUUUUUCUCUAAUAUGUGAUGCAUUUGCACAAUCUAUCCCGAAUAUUGAAUCCCGAUAAGUAUAGCAAUGCCUUAUAUUCAUCAGAACUACUGAAUGCACGUUUUUUGGGGGCAUUCCCCAGUUACCAUGUGGAGCAUUAUGUUGUUUGGUAUGCACAAGUGUGGUUUCAGUUGCUCACGUCAAACUUUUUACUUCAUUUUCAGAAGAGGUAAGAGGCAGCUUACUAAUUACAUUUUAGAUACAUUUCUGUACUCAACGAAUGUAAUGUUACUUUUUCAAUAGGAUGUUUACAUUCCCAACAGUAACAUAAAGGACAAGGCUACUUUUAUUCUUUUUUUUUUUUAGUUAUUAUUAUUAUCAACAAAUACAAUGGAAAGACCAAAACCAACCAUUGGUAGUUAGUCUGUCAAUGUAGUAGUUACAGAUAUAUAGUGACAUUUUUUUAAAGCAAAAAUAAUUAGCUGAAACAGCUGGCCACUUUGGUUUUAUCACACGUUGUUUAGACAGAAGCAAAGUGCAUUUUUUGGGGACUAUUCUUAGCUGUGGAUAAAUACACACUUGGUGCUCUAGUGAGUAUUUACACAAAUGGACUCAAAAUAAACUACAAUGCCCAUGUUAGUCAUGAACAGGAAGAUGUCCCCCAGUGCAACACUGUGGUAGUUUUUGGGUAACGACAAGACUACUAAAACUAACGAAUAUUGCCAGUGUGGUCCUUUUUAAAGUGCUGAUACUACCAGCGUUGUUAGAAAGGAAAAUGUCCUGAGAAAAGAGGUAAUCAGGUUAUAAACAAAUGUAUUUAAUUAAAUAACUUAGAAGGUUAGAAAAAUGGAGCGCAGGGUUCAUUCAUUUUUACCGUUACCUAAUUGGCCUCCACUCAUUUCCCACAAGACACUGGCCUGAGGUCAAGCAAACCUGAUUUGUUUGAAUUUUUUUAAGUAAAAAGUUUGACGACAGAUGAAACCAAAGUGUUGUAUGAGCACAUGUGCCUGUCUUGGUAUUAGUUUGUGUCUGUUUGGAAUCAACUGCUCAAAUUUGAAAAAAGACUUAAGUGCAUUUUUGUUUAUGUGUAUGAAACAUAAGUAUUUGAUUUAACAUCUACAGUGUAAUUCAUACUUUUUGGCCUUGAUUUGUUUUUAUACUGGGUGUUUCACUCUUGGCCUUUUUCCUGUCCUAUGAAACGAUUGUGGGUUGCUGCGUGAAGGAAGACGACUGCACUGCAGAUUUGGCUUUGGAUUCAUUUUGCGGGACAUACAGCCAGUUACUCUGGCAUUAAUGACUCUUAUUUAAAUUAAAUCAUUUUUAGCUUUUCACUUUUUGCCUUUUGAAAAGUUUAAAUAUAUAUAUUCUACCGUGGAGCCACAGGUCUCCUGAUGCACUGCUUGAUGCCACCUUAAGUUUCCCCAAAUUCUGAGCUGAGUAAAAGCAAAUUUGUCUCCAACUCUUAAUAAUACCAAGUGAAGGCUGUACUUAUUUUAACCUACAUUGAAGUCAUUCAGCUCCUUUAUCACUUGUUAGUCAUUUUAAAUGACAAAAAUGAAGAUUUAACGUCCCACAGUUUUGGAAAAGCUCAGCUAUGAUUGUACAUAUUUAGAACAAUCAGACGUGUUUUGAAUUUUGAAUGAAAAAGGCCGUCAUCAGUCCAGUCACAUCCAUACAACCUCCACUCUGGAUGUUUUUAGUACAUUAGUGACAUGGUUUAAUAAUGAACAUGCAUCUGGCAGUUAAUACUGCUCUAAUGUGUACAUCUGGAACGCCAGCAAGGUUUUUCUGUUUCAUUUGGUGAUGUGAUGUCGUCAUAAACCCAGCCGAUGCCAUAUUGAAUGAAAAUGAAUGCAUUUUUUGCUUGCAGAUAAAAUGUUGACCGGAAAUCUUUUUAUUUUGACUUUAAACAUGUUCAAUUUUGUGCUAGCCUUAAAUUGAAAACGACCAAGUGUAUUUCUUUUUUUCUGUUGAGGUUUUGGUUCAGAUUUUCAGUCUUUGAAAUGCAGUUCUUGUUACAAGUAAAGAUACCUAAAAAUAAAGAUACAGUUGUGCAGAACCUGUGUUCGCCACAAAGUCA